AUGGAUCUUCAACUUCACGCCGAGGAGCCCGCGGUCUCCAUUAGUUCAUCAUUCCUUGGGGGGUUCCGCUCAAGGGGUUUCAAGGUAUGUCCUGUCGUGUGUCAUGUAGGCUCUAACGGAAGCUCCAUCGCUCCGUGGCUGUGGUCCUGGCAGCAGCGGGACAGAUGCCUGUCGAUACAUGUGCAUCCGCUAGGUAUAUCAUUCGACAGUCAACAACAUGAUAUUGAUAGAAAGGACGAUAUCCUCUACACGAUGUCGAAAGAUCUAGCUUGGCCUGUUGCGGAAAAUCGCAGCGCGCUGAGCAUAUGCCAAGCCGGCCGAGGAGAAUGCUUAGGCGAGGCAUUCUCGACUUUUUACAUCCCAUUAGCUACUAUAUUUAGACGCCAAGCGAUCCUGAUAUUCGCGCCUCUAGAAACGAGUUUUUUUUCCUCGCAUGGCGGACACUCUUUACAAACGGCAUUUGAGGGUAUUCCUGUCAAUGUGUGCCUGACCGUCAAAUCAUUUGGGAUGUUCCCCGCUUUCAUGCAACUCGGACACAGGGAACUGCCACCAGAGGAGAUCCGUGCUCGCAGCUCACCUCUGACCACUGCCGUUUCAUUUACUUCAAGCCGGGGUACUACAGAUCUUGCGAGCCAUGGGGUUGCAAUCCUUGCACAUCGGGAUUUGUUCAUUACCCUGGUUCAGUUGUGGGAAGGGCGAGAUUGA